AUGGCUGCUGCUGAUAGGACGUCCACUCAGACCUUUGGCUUCUCUUCUCCUGGGCCACUCUCGAACCCACAAACGUUUUUUGUUACUCUUGCAUUCAUGAAAGAAUGUCGAAGUCCUAUAGCAAACCAACACGAGGCACCACCAAGUCCUUCCCAGAACACCAAGAGUGUAGAGAUGCCGACAAUGCAGUGCAGAAAUUCAGGUGAAAGUUCAUUAUCAAGGCAUAGUUCUACAUCAAGCAGUACCUCUUCAUCAUCAAGCAGCAGUUCCUCAUCAUCCUCGUCAAAGAGCAGUUCAUCAUCAACUCAUGCAGCAUCACCAGAUGUGCUAGACUCUGAUGAUUCAGUUGCAGAUAAAGACUAUGAAGCAAAUUAUGACGAAGAUUCAGAAGGAGUUGAUAGUAAUGACGAUGACUCUUCUCUGAAUCAAAAUUUUGACGCUGCUAGACAUAGAAAUAAGGUCACCAAAGAAUUAGAAAGCCCAGCUAAAAGAGUCUUGGAAAAGAAGAAUAAAGUUUGUGGAAAUUUGAUUGAAAAUGAUCUGAGAGGUAAGCACAGUAAUCACCACACCGUUGAUGAAGGUAUCAAGGACGGAAUGAAGGCUCAUAUUUAUUCCAUUCCAAAAAUUGAGAGUCAUUACCUCAGGGCUAAUUCAUCGAGAGUUUUCAUUGACGGAAGCAAGACUGUUGCUAAUAUCCAUAGAGGUGUCCUGGCUACAGUUGUAGUAACUGAAGAAAUUAAGAACACUGCUGCAACACCACUGCAUUUGAGGCUGCUGUUAGGUACUGAAGAAACUGACUACUGUUGCUGCUUCUACUGA